AUGUCCCUCGACGCAGGCCCGCAGGUCACCAUCAAGGAGAUUGGCAAGGAGCAUGUCGAGUUUGUCCUAUCCAACGUCGACCUGGCCUUCGCCAACUCGAUCCGCCGCAUCAUGAUGGCAGAGAUACCCACCAUCGCCAUCGACAUUGUCGAGAUACACAACAAUACAAGUGUCCUGCCAGAUGAGUUCCUUGCGCAUCGUCUCGGACUGCUCGCAUUGCACUCGGAAGAGAUUGAUAAACGGCUCAUCUACUCACGCGACUGCGACUGUGAUGAGUUUUGCGAAAAAUGCUCCGUUGUGCUGACCCUCAAUGCGAGCUGCUCUGCGAAUGCCUCAGAGACCAUGAAUGUCUAUGCUUCCAUGAUGACGGUCGCCUCAGCAGGCAGUUUUGGCACAACAAACGAGUUUGGCUCACCUGUCAUUGCGGAUGAAGCAGGGAAAGGUGUCUUGCUCUGCAAACUCGCUCGUGGACAGGAACUGCGGAUGCGGUGUAUUGCAAAGAAGGGCGUGGCCAAGGAACAUGCCAAGUUCAGUCCUGUGAGUGCUGUUGGUUUUGAGUAUGAUCCACACAACAAGCUACGGCAUACAGAGUAUUGGUUUGAGGAAGAUGCCAAGAAGGAGUGGCCACGGAGUAAGAAUGCAGACUGGGAAGAGGCGCCGUUGGAAGGUGCGCCCUUUGACUAUACUGCAGAGCCGGAUCGCUUCUACUUUGACCUGGAAGCUGUUGGUCAAAUCCCACCAAACGAAGUCAUGGCACAGUCCAUCACCUACCUACAGCAGAAGCUCGCUGUUGUGCUGCGUGAGCUCGAGAAGGACCAGCAGGUGGAGCAGUAUGACGGUAUGAAUGCACAGUACCCGGGCGUCACUGGCAACCUGGGAGCAUCCGGCACAGGGGUCCCCUGGUCAUAGUCAAAGCAGGAAAAGAGGUGUGAAGGAGUCGUCUAAGAAAGGGAAGAGGCAAGGUCAUCGUCAGCAUUCAUCUCAAAAGUAGUGCUUCUCCGGUGUCAGUGGCAUCGCCAUAGGCAAUACAUCCAUCGUCGUCCGCCUUGCCUUGUGCACACUACUCGCUCGCCGCUGCGAGGUGACUGUAGGUUUCGCAUACGAUGGCACAUCCAAAUGUUUCAUAGCACGCGCCGCACUCUGCAACUCUUGAUCAAGCAAUUGCUCUUCUGAGGGCUCAAGCAGCUGUUUUCUGCGUGUCCGUGACGACACUGGCCCUGAGCGAGGCGUUGGCAGUGUCAAAUUGCGAUCACUUAGCUCAUGCUCCACCACUUGCGUCUCUGCCGCC